AUGACAUUAAAUCAAAGCGAUAAAAAUGCAGAAACUAUUGAUAAUGAAGUUAACAAUAAUAAAGUUAUCAAUAAUGAAAAACAAGAAAUCGAUUUAAGAAAAUUCAAACUGGAAAGGGGUGUCACACCCGACGAUAUUAAGGACCGGUGCUAUCAAUUGUGUCGCAACUAUUUGGCCGAUGUUUGGCUAACAAUCGGUAUCGAUGACAUUGAGGUCAGACGUUUGAGCGGUGGACUCACCAAUCAGUUAUACUACUGUGCUAUCAAUGAUAUACACCGUACCAAUGAUGCCAGUGCUCCACAAGAAGUAGCCAUCAGAUUAUAUCAAACAAAACAUUUCAAUGAAAAUGAGAGAACUAGUGAUAUGAUUAUUGGUUUAAUGGUCUCUCAGUGCGGUUUGGGUCCCAAACUGUACGGUGUGUUUCCUGAUGGACAGAUUCAAAAAUAUUAUAAACACAAACAAUUUAGUAAAGACCAACAAUCAGAUCCAAAACUGGUCAAAGAGUUGGCACAGAAGUUGGCCGGUAUUCAUGCAUUGAAUGUUCCCAUCAGUAAGACAACCAACUGGUUGUUCAAGUAUUUCGAUGACAGCUAUCAAUUAGCCAAUGAGUCAUUUGACAUACCGGCGCUAAUUAAUGAAAGCAAUAGUCAAACACUAAAAAUGUAUGAUUUAUAUGAAGAGUUAGUUUGGCUAAAGGAUCAGAUAAGUAAAAUAGAUUCGCCGAUAACUUUCACUCACGUGGACUUCCGAAGCGGUAAUAUUAUGGUUACCGAAAAUGAUGGUAUAGUUUUGUGCGAUUUCGAGUAUUCCUGUUAUGACUACCGAGGGUUUGACUUUGGGACCAUAUUUCUUGAGUGGGGACAGGAGUUAUGGAUCAAUAGAAAAGAGGGUCAGCCCUAUGAAUAUACAGACGACCAGCAAAUACUGUCGUUUCUUGAGUUGUAUGUCUUGGAGUCGACUAAACUAUUGGGCAAUAAGUUUGCAAAUGAUGUACGAAAUGAUUCAAAACAUAUGCUAAGAGAAGUGAAAUUGUUUUCAUUAGUGGGAACUAUGUUUGUCGUCUUAUUCUUCUAUAAAAUGAAUGAAUCAAUCUUUACUAACGAACCGUUUGAUAAAACAAAACAAAUGAUGUGUAUUUUACUUAAAUUUUGGUUUAGUUUGCGUAAUUGA